AUAACCCCCGUCCGAGCAGCGAGUACUCCUUGGACUAGCGGUCACGGCGCCGUUCUUCGAGUCUUCGUAGCUUGAGUACCCGAGACCGGGGAAACACGGACCUGCGCAGGUAUUAGGCUGAUCUUGGGGUGAUCCAUGUGUACGGUGUUCCAGCCGCCCAGGCUCCAAAUCGGAUGCGAUGAGGCUGGACAGUCGUUUGACAGGGAAGAGUUGGAAAGCGUGUGGCGCGUCGUCAGACUCGUCUAUCGCAUCGCGCUGCACAUGAUACAGCUGCAGUGCAAACGUGGUUUGCACUGGUUUACAGCGGCGCAGCCACAGACGCGUAGGCGCCCGCUCACUUGGCAGCUGGACCGAUCCAUGUACGGCCGGAGACCUUGUUUCCGAGUGGACCAUCAGCUUCACCGAUCGCGAGUCACCUCGAGCUUGCGAGGUCCUUGCACUAAGGGCAGCGGCGUUCGCGCCACUCCAUCAGUGCGGUAUACACCGCGGGCAAACCAGGUUUUGCGGACUCCGAAGAUUGCUAUUAACAUCGGUCCCCCAUGGGAACCUAUUCGGACUCCGAAUGUUGUCAGAACAUGCUCCGAACAUGAUGCGUUUCAGCAUGUUCGGAGGCCGAAAACGCGUGUUUUCGGCGAACAUGCUACGAACAUGAAUAAUGUGGGGGCAUUUUCGGAGUCAGUCAAGCUCUCCGAAUAGGUUCCCAUAAGGGACCGAUGUUGUGAGCAAUCUUCGGAGGCCGAAAAACCUGGUUUGCCCGCGGUGAUACGCGGGGUUCAGAGUGUUUCAGGCGCGUAUGCCAGGCGUAUGCAGUGUGGUAACGACGGCGAUCGUUACGAAGAUCGCCGCCUAGUGUGGUUUGUUCCCGCCCUCUUCGGUCACAUCUGGCCACAUCUGGGGUUAUAAGAAGGCCUACACCAUGCGCUGACCCCUCGGAAUCGCCUCCUUCGACGGCCAGUCCCUGUUCGUCGCCAGUCAUGU